AUGGAGCAGGCUUUGAAGCAGUUACCUAGAGAAAAGAUCCAUGUAGCCACGAAAUUUGGCAUUACAGUAGCAAAAUUUCCUAAUUUUCAAAUCAAAGGGACACCAAAGUAUGUGCGGUCGUGUUGUGAAGCAAGCUUAAAACGCCUUGUUGUUGAAUACAUUGAUCUCUAUUAUCAGCACAUAAUUGACCAAACAAUACCUAUAGAGGAAGCAGUGGGUGAACUUAAGAAACUUGUGGAAGAGGGUAAAGUCAAGUAUAUAGGGUUAUCUGAAGCGAGUCCAUAUACAAUAACAAGAGCACAUGCAAUUCAUCUGACUGCUUUACAAAUAAAGUAACUAUGGACUCAUGACAUUGAACAGGAGAUAAUUCCUCUCAGCAGGGAGCUUGGCAUUGGAAUUGUAGCAUAUAGCCUUGUUGGUCGAGGCUUUUUUGGUGCCAAAGGUUGA